CCGCAUCACAAGAGCUGACUAGAAUAUCACAGGAGCAGAGCUCAACAUCAAAGCUGCAGCAGACCUCACAGGAACUCCUUCAUCAGCUGUUUUCCAUUUAUCUCUUCUCAACUACAUUAAUUUAACUGAGAAUGGCCAAGGGAAAGGGAAAAGCAAAAGCCCUCAAAGGGAAAAAGAUCACUCUUAAAGUCGCUAAGACUUGCAUCAAAGUAACUUUUGAUGGGAAGUUUCGCCUUGAUCUCAGCAAAAUGGGUCUCACAACUUUCCCCAAAUGCAUCCUUAAACUGGCUGAUGUGGAUGAAUUAGACCUCAGCAGAAACAUGAUCAAGAAAAUCCCAGACUCAAUUGAAAAAUUUGAAAAUCUACGUUGGCUGGAUUUGCAUAGCAACCAAAUUGACAGACUACCAGAAACAAUAGGAAAUCUACAGAAUCUUGUUUUUCUGAACCUCUGCAACAACAAACUCACAGCUCGGAGCUUGCCAGUGGAGCUAAACCAGCUCAAGAUCCUGCGAAACCUUAACCUUGGCCUAAAUCAUAUUGACAAUCUCCCAACCACUCUGGGGGCUUUAAAAGAGCUUCAAGAAGUUGGAGUAUUUGACAACUUGCUGACUACCAUCCCAAACAGUAUUGCAAAACUCCCCAAACUCAAGAAGUUGAAUGCCAAAAGAAACCCUUUCCCUGGGCCCACAGAAGAAGAACUCUUUAUUGACAGUAUCAAGCGACUUGAGACACUUUACCUGGUGGAAGACAAAGACCUUUGCGCACCAUGCUUGAGAAAAUGUCAGGAGGAGAGAGACAAGUUGAAUAAACUGAAGAAUACAGUGCCUGCAUCUCUUAGAAAGCCCAAUUUUUCAAACCUCAUGGCACCCAAUUCCCUGGCAAAAGAGAAUCAACAAGAAUGGAGAUCAAGUGGAUCAUAGUUGUUAUCCAUAGAUGCAUGGCCAUUCAUGAGGAUAUGUUGAUAAAGGAUAAAUGCAUUUACCUAAAGAGCAAUCUGGCCUAUCAAAAGUGAUCUAUGCAGCAUCUGAACACAGCCAAGGCAUUUCAUCAGGCUGAAUUGGCAUUUCAACCCCAGAAAAACAUCUAUUACUAUCAACUUGGCAUUUCCUAAGGCACACUGAAGCAAAACCCUUCUGUCAAUGAAUACACACACACACACUAUUUACAUAAUUUUGUGGCUAUGUAAAUAAUGCCGCAAAGCUCAACCAUUUCUCCCAGUUAGUGGUCUUUGCAAUAUUGAGUCCAACAAGCGUCAUAGCCAUGAGAUAAAUGAAUUAGCACUGUAAAAGUAUCCCCACUGAGAGCAUAGUAUUGUUACCCAAUGAAGCAGUGGAGAAAUUGUAAUUAACAUAGAUUAACUAGACUUGCCUUUUUUUAAAAAAAUAGAACAAGUUCAUUGUUUGCCAGAAUAAUUAUUCAGUGAUGACAUGACAUUAUUGCAAAAUUACAUAUUUCUUUGGAAAAUGAACAUUGAAUUGCUUGAUUUACUUGUGCAUAAAAAGAAUUAACGUGUCA